UAUUAAAAUCAAUUGGUAUCUCAUCACACUUUCCUCCCUGUUUCAGUUUUCACAUUAGAGUCUUGGUAUCACCUGCUUCUCCAUUUCCCAACAUUGUAAUCUCUGCUAAAUGCCACCAUCAGAUCAACAGGAAAGUAACUGAAAAACCCACCUCGAAAUGCUGAAAACUACUGUUCCAUUGCUCCAUUUCUUCACCAUUCUUUUCUUCUUCACCUUAACCUUUUUUCAUGGCAAUGCACAAAAUGUUACAGCUCAAGAAAAAACCAUUCUUCUUCAACUCAAAGACUACUGGUCCAGUUUAACCAACAUGAAUCACUGGAUUCCGUCUUCCGACCACUGCACGUGGCCUGAGGUCACGUGCACCGAUGGUCGGGUGACGAAACUCGAGAUCAUCAAUAACAACAUCAGUGAAACGAUCCCAACAUUUAUAUGUGACCUUAAAAAUCUAUCCUAUAUUGAUCUUCAUGAGAAUUUCAUCCCUGGACCCUUCCCUACAGUUCUUUAUAACUGUUCUAAUCUCGAAUAUUUAGACCUUCAAAUAAACCAACUUGUAGGAAGAAUUCCUGCUGACAUUAACCGGCUUUCGCCCUCGCUUCAGGUUCUUAACUUGAGUGGAAACAAUUUCUCUGGUGAUAUCCCUGCAUCCAUUGGGAGCUUCCCGGAGCUCAAAAGUCUUCAGCUUCCGUCCAACUUGUUCAACGGUUCUAUUCCGCCAGAAAUUGGCAAUCUGUCAAAUCUUGAAGAAUUGAAUUUGAAUUUCAACCCUUUUUUGCCACAAGCAAUACCAUCAAGUUUCACAAAGCUGAAGAAAUUGAGAAAUCUUUGGAUGUAUAUAACAAAUUUGAUAGGAGAAAUCCCUGGAAGUGUUGGGAAUAUGUCAGCUUUAGAAUUCCUGGACUUAUCAGAAAAUGGUUUGAGUGGCAGCAUCCCAGAUUCUCUGUUCCUGCUAAAAAACUUGACUAUUGUGUAUCUUUUCAAAAACAGGCUGUCGGGAUCAAUUCCUCAGACUGUCGAGGCCUUGAAUCUGGAGGUAAUCGAUCUUUCUCAAAAUAACUUGACGGGAAUAAUACCAGAUGAUUUUGAAAAGCUGACAAAACUUACUGGUUUGGGUUUGUCUUUCAAUCAAUUAUCUGGCGUAGUUCCAGUAGGUAUCGGUAGAUUGCCAUCUCUGAUAAAUAUUAGGAUAUUCAGCAAUAGUCUAUCAGGUGAAUUGCCACCUGAUUUUGGGUUAUACUCAACCCUGAACACAUUCGAAGUUGCAUCUAACCAUUUUGUUGGGACGUUACCAAAGAAUUUGUGUGCUAAUAAGGCAAUAAUAGGUGUGGCUGUCUUCGACAACAAUUUGACAGGUGAAUUGCCAGAAUCUCUAGGGGAUUGUGACAGUUUGAAGGUUGUUCGGGCUUAUCGAAACCAGUUUUCUGGUAAUAUUCCAGGAGGAUUGUGGACAUCAUUGAACUUAACUACACUGAUGAUAAGCGAUAACUUGUUUACAGGUCAGCUCCCGGAUAAAGUAGGGCCAAACUUGUCUCUGCUCGAGAUGCAUAACAACCAGUUUUCGGGUGAAAUUCCAGCCGGGAUAUCUUCUUGGGAGAACUUGAACGUGUUUAAGGCAAGUAACAACUUGCUUGCUGGUAACAUUCCUCAAGAAUUGACUGUUCUUCGAUUGCUGUCAACUAUUUUGCUGGAUGGAAAUAGACUUUCUGCAAACCUUCCAUCGACUAUAAUCUCGUGGAAAUCUUUAACUACUUUGAAUCUCAGUCGAAACCAAUUAUCUGGCGAAAUUCCUGCAGGGAUCGGGUUUUUGCCUGCACUCUUGUAUCUGGAUUUGUCAGCCAACAAAUUUUCUGGUCCAAUCCCACCUGAAAUAGGCCGUUUGAGGCUACCUUCACUCAAUCUCUCUUCUAAUCAGCUCUCUGGGAGAAUCCCUAGUGAAUUUGAAAAUGCAGCUUUCAAUAGCAGUUUUCAGAAUAAUCCAAGACUCUGCGCAGGUAAUCCAGCAUUAGGGCUCAGCAGUUGUCAGGCUGGACUUGCCAGAAAAUCGAACAAACUUCCAUCCCACUUAAUUGCUACAGUCUCAAGUAUUUCAGCAGUUGCAUUUUUAGUUGUUUUCUUAUACACAAUCUUAGUUGUUAGAACUAACAGGAGGAGGAAGCACGAUUUGGAGUCGCCGUGGAAAGUUACUUCAUUCCAGAGAUUGAAUUUCACAGAAUCAACCAUUUCAUCUGGUUUAAUAGAGAACAACAUAAUUGGAAGAGGAGGAUCGGGAACAGUUUUCCGGAUUCCAAUAAAUCGUUCCGGUGCAUAUGUUGCUGUUAAGAGGAUUUGGAACAAUGUGAAGUUGGAACUGAAACUCGAAAAGGAAUUUCUAUCAGAAGUUCAAAUUCUUGGCACCAUAAGGCACUCCAACAUAGUGAAACUUCUUUGUUGCAUUUCAAGUCAUAAUUCAAAGCUGCUUGUAUACGAGUAUCUGGAAAAUGGUAGUCUCGACAGAUGGCUUCAUGGCAAGAAUCGACCAUCCACAAUAUCGGGUUCUAUUCAUAAUGUGGUUUUAGACUGGCCUAAGAGGCUGCAAAUUGCAAUUGAUGCUGCUCAAGGGCUCUCCUAUAUGCACCACGAUUGUUCACCUUCCAUUAUCCAUCGCGAUGUAAAAUCUAGCAAUAUCCUGUUGGAUUCUGAGUUCAAUGCAAAGAUUGCAGAUUUUGGCCUAGCAAGAAUGUUGAUCAAGAAUGGAGAACCUGACAUGAUGUCCACUGUAGCGGGCUCGUUUGGUUAUAUAGCUCCAGAGUAUGCACAGACUAGAAGAGUGAAUGAGAAGGUUGAUGUAUAUAGCUUUGGAGUCAUCCUUUUGGAACUAGUCACCGGUAGGGAAGCUCGUGAUGGAGACGAGAGCUCGUCUCUGGCAGAAUGGGCGUGGCAUCACAUUCAGGAAGGUAAACAUGUAGUUGAUGUCAUGGAUGAGGAUAUUAAGGAACCACAAUAUUUGGAAGAAAUAAGCAGUGUAUUCAAACUCGGUAUUAUCUGCACGAGCAAACUUCCAUCGAAUAGGCCAACUAUGAAGGAGGUUUUGCAAAUCUUGCUCCGAUAUAGCCAUUCAACACUGCACGGAGGAGAAAAGAUGAUAAGAAACGAGUACGAUGUUCUUCCUCUCCUUCAGAACUCGAAGCCUGAGAGGAAACUCGAACCGAGCGACAGUGAUUAACAUCAGUUGUGGGAUGAAUGAUGAUGGUGAGAGUUCUUCCACAUCCAGGGAGAUCCUUCUAGCUGUAGGCCAUUAGAUCUUGAAGUGAAUAGGAAAGGUAACGCAAUUAGCUUAGUUUAUAUGUCAGUUCAGAAAUCCCAGUUACAGGGAUUUAUAGAUAUCAUACAAAAUAAGGUAUAUAACGAAUAAAAAAAUCAAGCAAUUUCUUAUAUGAAUGGAAACUUUAAAGCUCAUAAACCAUAA